AUGCCUAGUAUAAAUAACAUCAAACUAAAUAUUAAUUAGCCUCCUAUUUGUUCAAAAUUAUUUAUUAUUCGGUCUAACGAUUUAGCUCUAACUAAUAUUUAAGUUGCUACAAUUUGUGAACAAUCAAAUGACUUUCCUUAUAAAUAUUAACUUAGAUUAUUUUUGAGAGAAUUUGAUUUGACAGAAUUUUUAAAAGGAGAAUCAGAUAAUUCCUUAGUAUUCUAUUCAUUUUAGAGUCAAAAUUAAUUUCAAAUUUAAAUACCCACUUCUAUUGAUCAAUCAAUUGUUGGAAUUUUAGUAUCAGUGCUUGAUAAUGGUGGAUCAAUGAGUCAUAUUUUUGAUAAAGUUACUGUAAAACCUGCAAAACUUGAUUGUUCUUAAAUAUAAUUUUAGAACUUGACCUUAUAAAACAAGAUAUCAUUGCUUUUUGAAUCGAUGAAUCAAAAAUGCGAUUAAUUGCAUUAUUUAAUUUAUCUUGAUUUGCAUUACUAAUAAAUUUUUCCCAAUACGAAUGAAAAUACUUUAAAAUUUUAAGCCAUAAAAUUAUAUAAACAAUUUUUAUAUUAAUAACCAUUUAACUAAUCUUAAAAUCGAUUAUUGAGUGAAGAAACUUAAAUAAAAUGUUUUGAUUUAAAGUCGAAUCAUUUAUUUAUUACAUCAAAUUCAACUGAUACUGUUGUUAAUUUGACAAAAAAAAUAGAAAAUUUACAAUAAGAGACUGAUAAAUUAGAUAUAGCAUUUAUAUAUUUUAGUGAAAUGAAAAGAAAAUGUUUAGAAGAGCUUAAUUUAGAUUAAUUCAUGUGGAAUGAGGAAAUUUUUCAACAAUAUUAAACUUCCCAAGAUGGUUUAUUAACGCUAUUAUAUUAUAUUGAUGAUAUAUAUUCAGAUUUCUCAAAAGUAAACACAAAAAAUGAAACCAUUUAUAAAAAUAUAGUAAAAUUGUUGAAAGACAUUAACCUCAUUUUAGAAGAAAUAUAAAAUGUAGUUAUUGUUAACCAAAGUCCUUUAGUCUUAAAAGGCAAAGAGAUUUUUUUUUAUAUAAAACGAAGAACAAAAUAAUAAUUUAAUCAAUAAUUCAAUAUUGAAUAAACUCAAGAAGAUUAUUUAGUUGAUUUUGUUUAAUCCGAUAGCAUUUAACUAAGAACAAAUCCAAAUAGAUUUACUUUAGAACUUGAAAAAAAUCUUUAAAAAGAAUUCAAUGAUCAAACCUUAAAAAUAUACAAUCAAGAUUACUACUUAAUUUAGUUAAAAAAUUAUUUAAAAAACAGAUUUAUUUCAUUAGAAAACUUCAUAGCCAUUUAUAGUACAACUUUUCAAUCAUAUUAAGUGUGUUCUAAUAAUGUAUAAAAUUAAUAAGAAUAUGAAAUAAAGUGUAUGUUGAAGACUAAGUCAGGGGAUUUUUCUUUAUGUAAUUUGAUAAAAAUAUAAAAUAAUGACACCAUUGAUAUAAGAUGUGAAUGUAAUAAAUUUGGUGAAAUUUUCAUCAUAACUUCCUCAAAUUUUAGUAAAGUAAUUUUAAAUAAUGCAGAUUAAUAAAUGUUUGGUCUUGUUUUUGGAGCUACAAAUUUAUUGGCUAUUACAAUUUUUUCAAGCAUUUAAACUCUAACAUUUAUGACCAUAUAUAUUUUAUUUUUGCUUAAAGAUUUUCGUAAUAAGCAAGAAAGAUUAAGUACAGAAGAAAGUAUUCCAAAUACUUCAAAGAGUAAAAUUGAUAAAAAUACAAUGAUGUAUAAAGGAUGCUUUUAAAUUUUCAAAACUCAUGCAAAAGUAAUUUUACAUAAUUAUUAUUAGUUAAUCCAUCAAAGCCUUUCAAUAUUUUAUUAUUAGGACAAGUAUAUUAAUCUUAGUUAUAGGAUGUUGGAGGUUUUUUCCUAGUUCAAUUUACUCUUAACUUUAGCUAUUGUAGAAUGUUAUAUUGUUAAUAAUUCUAUUAUUUUUAUCAUCUUAUUCAUAAUUGCAAAUCCUAUCAUAAUUUUGAUUUUGAGGAUAUUAUAUAAGAUAAUAAAAGUGAUCUAUAGAUUUAAAAGAAUAGCAGCUUUCAUUAGUUAAUUGCUCCUUAUUUUGCUGUUAGCAGUACCCAAUUUAGUUUUAUUCAUUUUUUAACUAUUUAAGUAUUUACUAUUACAUUAUUUAGUAUAUCUGCAAAAUCAGAAUAAUAUGUAGUUGCGAUUAUCUUUUUAGGCAGCCUUCUAUUUUCAUAAAUAUUUGUCGAAACACUUAUAAUCAUUGUUAGAAUAAUAAUAUAUAGACUUAUAGCACCAAGUAUAGAUUAAAAGGAACUCAAUCCAUAUAUUCAUUUAAUGCAUUUUUUUAUUAUGCAUAGCAGUUUAGAAGAUAUAUUUGAUAANUUUAAUCCGAUAGCAUUUAACUAAGAACAAAUCCAAAUAGAUUUACUUUAGAACUUGAAAAAAAUCUUUAAAAAGAAUUCAAUGAUCAAACCUUAAAAAUAUACAAUCAAGAUUACUACUUAAUUUAGUUAAAAAAUUAUUUAAAAAACAGAUUUAUUUCAUUAGAAAACUUCAUAGCCAUUUAUAGUACAACUUUUCAAUCAUAUUAAGUGUGUUCUAAUAAUGUAUAAAAUUAAUAAGAAUAUGAAAUAAAGUGUAUGUUGAAGACUAAGUCAGGGGAUUUUUCUUUAUGUAAUUUGAUAAAAAUAUAAAAUAAUGACACCAUUGAUAUAAGAUGUGAAUGUAAUAAAUUUGGUGAAAUUUUCAUCAUAACUUCCUCAAAUUUUAGUAAAGUAAUUUUAAAUAAUGCAGAUUAAUAAAUGUUUGGUCUUGUUUUUGGAGCUACAAAUUUAUUGGCUAUUACAAUUUUUUCAAGCAUUUAAACUCUAACAUUUAUGACCAUAUAUAUUUUAUUUUUGCUUAAAGAUUUUCGUAAUAAGCAAGAAAGAUUAAGUACAGAAGAAAGUAUUCCAAAUACUUCAAAGAGUAAAAUUGAUAAAAAUACAAUGAUGUAUAAAGGAUGCUUUUAAAUUUUCAAAACUCAUGCAAAAGUAAUUUUACAUAAUUAUUAUUAGUUAAUCCAUCAAAGCCUUUCAAUAUUUUAUUAUUAGGACAAGUAUAUUAAUCUUAGUUAUAGGAUGUUGGAGGUUUUUUCCUAGUUCAAUUUACUCUUAACUUUAGCUAUUGUAGAAUGUUAUAUUGUUAAUAAUUCUAUUAUUUUUAUCAUCUUAUUCAUAAUUGCAAAUCCUAUCAUAAUUUUGAUUUUGAGGAUAUUAUAUAAGAUAAUAAAAGUGAUCUAUAGAUUUAAAAGAAUAGCAGCUUUCAUUAGUUAAUUGCUCCUUAUUUUGCUGUUAGCAGUACCCAAUUUAGUUUUAUUCAUUUUUUAACUAUUUAAGUAUUUACUAUUACAUUAUUUAGUAUAUCUGCAAAAUCAGAAUAAUAUGUAGUUGCGAUUAUCUUUUUAGGCAGCCUUCUAUUUUCAUAAAUAUUUGUCGAAACACUUAUAAUCAUUGUUAGAAUAAUAAUAUAUAGACUUAUAGCACCAAGUAUAGAUUAAAAGGAACUCAAUCCAUAUAUUCAUUUAAUGCAUUUUUUUAUUAUGCAUAGCAGUUUAGAAGAUAUAUUUGAUAAUUUUACCAGAAUAUGA